AUGGCCGCCAGCCGAGAUAGCGUCAGGGGCGGCCGGCACCGACCUGCCCCCGCCGCCAGGAGCGCCGGGCAGCACCGGGCCCAGAGCCCCCCUCGAGAAACCAGUGCAGAGCAGCUCCGUCUCAGGCCGCGCCCUGCGGCGCCUCCCCUUCCCGGGGAACAGCUGGCGACGCCGCUCCCCCCCUUCCUCAGGAGCUGCGCCUUCUUCCUUCCAGGGCUGCGGCUGUCUCUGUCCCGCGCGCAGCUCCGGACCCGGACCCGGACCCGGACGCAGCUCCAGCUCCUCCCCGGGGACUGCCAACUGAGGGAACCGCAGCCCUGGGGUGUCCUGGACAAGCUGCCCAUGCAGGAGGCCAGUGAGAGUCCGGCCAGUGGCGGACGGGUGCCCGUCGGACCUGCCAACGACACCUUCCCAGAUGGCUUCAUCCUGUUGGGGUUCUCAGAUAAACCCCGACUGGAAAUGACCCUCUUCGUGCUGGUGUCCAUCUUUUACAUGGUCACCCUCGGGGGCAACAUCACCAUCAUCCUGCUGUCUCACCUGGACCCCCAGCUCCACACCCCCAUGUACUUCUUCCUCAGCCAGCUCUCCGUGCUGGACCUCUGCUUCACCACCAGCUGCAUCCCCCAGAUGCUGGUCAACCUGUGGGGCCCGGACAAGACCAUCAGCUACCUGGGCUGUGCCGUCCAGCUCUACAUCUUCCUGGGGCUGGGGGCUGCCGAGUGCGUGCUGCUGCUGGUCAUGGCCUUCGACCGCUACGUGGCCGUGUGCCGGCCCCUGCACUACGCUGUCAUCAUGCACCCCAGGCUCUGUCACAAGCUGGCCUUCCUUGUCUGGGUCAGUGGGAUUUUUGGCACCUUGGUCCAGUCCCCCUCCACCAUGAAGCUGCCCUUCUGCCCUCACCACCAGGUGGACGACUUUGUCUGUGAGGUCCCUGCCCUGAUCCGCCUGGCCUGCGGGGACACGCACGUCAACGAGCUCCAGAUAUCUGUGAUCGGCGCCCUCUUCCUCCUGGGGCCUCUCCUGCUCAUCCUGGUCUCCUACGGACGCAUCGCCCAGGCGGUGCUGGCCAUCCAGUCCCAGGAGGGCAGGAGCAAGGCCUUCCGCACCUGCUCCUCCCACCUGGCCGUCGUCUUCCUGUUCUACUGCAGUGUCACCGCCGUCUACAUCCGACCCCGGAGCCAUUUCUCCCAGAAAGCAGGGAAGUUCCUCACCCUUUUCUACACGGUGGUGACCCCCACGCUCAACCCCCUCAUCUACACCUUGAGGAACAAGGACGUGAAGGGGGCUGUCAGGAGACUCUUGGCGAAAGGCAGGCAGGCCGGGGAGGACUGA